CCCGUCCCGUCCCAUCCCGUCCCGUCCCGUCCCGUCCCGUCCCGUCCCGUCCCGGGCGGCGGAGCGGGCUUGUCCGCCGCCUGAGGGAUGAGGCUGCUGUCCCGGCUGCUCCGCCCCGCUCGCGGACCCAGCGCCGCCGCCGCCGCUGCAAGAUCAUCCCAAUUGUGCCAUUCAUCAAGGAAAAUUAGCUCCAAUCAAGAAGGAAAGCCUGGACAUGCUAAACAGACACUUAAGAAGCCCAAGUUACCCCAGGGCCGUUUUGAUGUUCCAGAGGAUUCCAAUUUAGAACAAGAACCAGUAGAAAGAUUUCCAGGUGAUGUCAACCCCAUUACGAAGGAAAAGGGUGGACCUAAAGGCCCUGAACCGACUCGCUAUGGUGACUGGGAGCGAAAAGGACGUUGUGUGGAUUUUUAAUACAUGUGACGUUUAGCCACCUACUAUUUUCAUUUCAAAUAAAAAUAUUUAAUUGA